UAAUCAUCAGAGCUGGUUAGUCAGGCAUUCCAGAUAGUGGUUCUUUUCAGAACCUUUUUUAAAGGGUUGGUUAACUACCUCAGUAGCAGAGGAUUGAACUAUACCCUGUCUGUACUGUACAUAGAAAAUCUUUGUAGAUAAAAGCAAGGCUUGUUUAAUAUGAUAUGAGGGUAAGAUUAUAAUAUACCAAAUGUAACAUUCUUAGUUGCCUUUAGUUCCAGAGGCUUUGUAAGACUUCCUCAUGACCAUCAUAACAGGCCUUGCUUUUGUCGUAUUUUGUGGCUGAAAAAGCAGCCUUGCUUCUUCAGAUAUUGUAGUUAUUUGGAUGUAUAAUAGUUUAGCAAGAUGUUACUUUUGUAAGACAUCAGAUGUUCAAAAAAAGUGCAUCAGCAACUUGUACUAAAUACUGCAGUGUCCCUUUAUAAAAGGUCAGACUAAAACUGACAACUGUACAGUGAAGCCUGACAUUUGGAUAUUUUGAAGUUUUUCAUAAAUCAUAGAAUAGUAUAUGGCUGUAGUUUAGCUUUUUAGGUAAAAGGUAUGUUUUCAUUAGUGCAUUUCUUAUUGCUGAUCACUGUAAAAACAUGUGGAUCAGCUUUCCAUUUCUCUUAUGCAGAUCAUGAUAACCUGUAGAGUAGAGUACAAUCAUUUGUGCUAUGUUUUUAAUUUUCUAAAGCACCUUGAUGACAGUGAGUGUUCAGUGGUGAAGCAUCCUCUAUUGAACCACCCUUAAAAAAAGACAAAAUAAAAACAGAACCUUGCCAAGUCCAGUUUCAUAUAGGUAAAAGAUAGAUAAAAUUAUGACUUACUUUGGACUUGGCAUAAAGAGUUCCCUUAACCCCCUUCACAAAGGGAUACUGCAGUUAUACUACAUACCCAUAGGCACCACAAUGAAAAUUGAAGCUUAUACCUAAUUAAGGUUUUAUACACACCAGUUCCCCCAGUAAAUGCAAAUUUUAACAAAAUUAGACAUGUCAUAUGUUGAAAAUGCUCAUGGCAAACAAUCAUUUUGCAUUCCUGCAAAUAAAAUUGUUUUAUACUGUAAGCUGGAGGCGAGUGUAACUUAUUUUUGUAAUAAAGUUUUUAUUUUUUUUAUGUGUCAUUAAUAUAAAUGUGUGUUAGUACAGAGAUCUUCUGGUUAAAAACUUAGAAUCGCACACAUUUCAGUAUGUUUACUUGUAUUUACAUAAUUUUUAGAAUAGUGGUUGCCAAUAGCCUGUAUGUUUUCACAUUAAUUGAUUUAUUUUUUUUUUUGUUAUCUUAAUAAACCAUUUUAGUAUGUUGUAUGUCAAUUACUGGGAUAGCUGGGACAUAAAGUGUAAUUAAAAAUUGUCAAGUAUUCAUUGGAAUAUGUAAAUGUGCCUUGCCAGUUUUGAACUUUAAGACAAAGUAAGUGAACGAUGGUGAAAUGAGUAGUGAAUGCCUAAGAGACAUUUGCUACCAGAGUUUCAUAUACUGCCCUUGCUAAAGAAAUUUCUUAUUUCUUCCUCAAAUUCGAGCGUAAAACUUAACGUUGCAUUAGCUUCUGAAUUUUCAAAUCUACUUAGAGAAAUUAGGCUUAUGGAAAGUGGGUUUUCUAAUUGUAGCCUUAAGUAUAACUUUGAAUUUCAAUGUAAUCCUUGGUGCUGGCAUUCCCAGUGCCAAGGAGUUUAAAUGCUCCCUUCAAAGAGGUUGCCAUGCCUACUGGCACUUUUACUGUCAUACGGUUUUAUAAGGAACACUGUCAAGAUGUGGAAACCAAUUUUGAAUUUGAUAUGAAAUGAAACACUGGGGGCUGUAGGAGAGGGGAAGUCCUCAGAUUUCUUAAUCUUGAAAUCUCUCCAUUGCUGAAAACCUUAAAACACUUGUUGGAUCACAAGUGCUAGUGACUAGUUCUUAGUCUGGAAACGUAUUGCAGGGGAUAAUACGUUUAUGGAAUUGUAACAGUAGAUGGAAGUGCAUGAAAACAUUGCAACUAAGGCGCUAUGUGUGUUGAAAUUGUGGAUUAAAUCCCUAAUUUCAACUCUGAUAAAAGCAUGGGGGAUGACUAUUUUAAGAGGAAAAAAAAAAAGGCGAAAUUGACAGGAAAGUCUUUAAUGGAAUGCAAGCAAUGGUGAGUGAGCAAAAUACCAGUAUCCUGACAGUGUUCCCUCUAAUUAUGAACUCAAGCCAUUAUAACUUUUACAAUUAAAUAUGAUUUGCACUGUUCUGAUAUUGGUGCAGUUUUUUAGAAAAAUUACCAGAAAACUAAAUUGCAUGUGGUGAUUAAUAUUGUGGAAAAAAAAAAAAAAAAAAGAAAAACCUAAAAUCAAAAAAUUAUUAUUUUUCAAAGCUUUAAAUUUCAUUGUUUAAAGGAAAAACCAUUAAGUGGAAAUACUGGUGAGAAUGGGCAAGUGCAUAUAUACAACAUCAGUUUGGUUGCACUUGGGUGUUGGUAAACUUGAAAUGUUCUACAGCAAUAAUGCAUCUCUUAGGGGGUGCUUUGGUGAUAAAUGAACAUAUGAUGCAGUUCUUUUUGGCAUGUUGAAGGCAAGUUUUGACUUAAUAUAAUGUGCUGCCUCUAUUUAUUCUCAUAAGAGGCUUUCUUUACUGAAACACCUGGAAAGGUGUGUAAGUAGUAUAGCUCCACAUUGGUUUGUAACAUGUUUCUAAAUUCCAAGUCUAGUUGAAUUUAAUAAGAAACUGGAAACUGCUGCUGCUUAACACUUCUGGUUUAUAAACACUCCAAUACACAGCUUUUAAAAUUAUACUCUUGUUUUAAUACUCAUUUUUGUUUGAAAGGUUUCAUAUAGGACAUGCAACUGUACUUUUUUUUUUCCUUUCCAGUUUUAAAGAGGAGAUUUGUUAUGAUCCAGAACUUAAGUUUGUGUUUUUACUGUUGGAGGAAGGCUGUUACUACAAUAAGAUACUAAGACCAGUUUCUGAA